AUGAAGACAUUACUCCUAAUUCUUGUGUCACCUCUUUUGGUUUCGUUUUGUGAAGCCAAUAAAAAGUUUGGAGUGUAUCAUUUAGAUUGGUUAUGUUUAGAUGAAGGUAUAUACGCUAGGAAUGUACCGUGGGAUUGUUCAGGAUAUAUCAUAUGCAGUGCGGGAAUUGCUUACUCUUUCCACUGUCCGGCAUCCCAGACUUACAAUGCCGUACUAUCAACAUGUGAAUAUGUUAAAAACUAUGGUACCAAUGAUUGCAUUCAAAAUCCAUUUAAUUAUUUAGAUAUGUUAUGUUUGUAUAACCCUGGAGCUAAGAUUGAGAGUCAAGAAAGCUGCGCUCAGUAUUUUGACUGUUCUCAACGAUCAAGUACAUGGCAGUUUUCAAAAUAUGUUUUAGAAUGUCCAUAUCCAGAUCUGUUCUCAUCCAAAACGGGAAGAUGUGAAAACUUUAGAAAUGUAAAAUGUGGUGCCAGAAAAGAACCAAAAGCUCCAUGUGAUUAUGUGCAAUAUAAACAGAUCUGUGCGGACCCAGGAAAGUGCAGCCCGUGUAACAAACGACACCCAACAUGUUUAGGGUAUAAAAACGGAUUUCAUCCCAUUCCCACGUCUUCCAAAUAUUUCAUGUUCUGUUUUCGAGAAAGGACUCUGCUUGUGAAAAAAUGUCAUUCCAACACGUCGUUUUCAUACAAGACAUCGAGAUGUGUUUGA